CUUAAUAUAUUUUCUCAAUAAUUUGACCGCCAUUUCAAACGCUGCUGGACGUGACAUCUUGACCCCUCGAAACAGCCCUUAUCCCCUACAAACUCACACCGUCGCUCUCCCUGCGAAUCCAUGGCCGGCGCGACGGCGGCAACCGCAAUCCGACCAGUAUUUUUUAACAAACAGACGACUCAUUCUACAGCUGCUCAUAAACGGUUCGGCGUACACAAGCUAUCACCUCUCACUCGGCCGCUCCGGCUGAUCGCUUCCGAACGAGCUCCGCUCAACCAUAUCAGAUGCAGGGCCAAUCGUUCCGCCUACUCGCCUCUCAAUUCCGGUUCAGGUUCCGGCAACCGGCCGCCGACCGAGAUAGCUCCCCUUUUCCCCGGAUGCGACUACGAGCACUGGCUCAUAGUCAUGGAUAAACCCGGCGGGGAGGGUGCUACCAAGCAGCAAAUGAUUGAGUGUUACAUUCAAACCCUAGCCAAAGUCGUUGGAAGUGAAGAGGAAGCAAAGAAGAAGAUAUAUAAUGUUUCCUGCGAGAGGUACUUCGGGUUCAGUUGCGAGAUUGACGAGGAGACCUCGAAUAAGCUUGAAGGUUUGCCUGGUGUUCUAUUUGUUCUUCCAGAUUCAUAUGUUGAUCCUGAAAACAAGGACUAUGGAGCUGAGCUGUUUGUGAAUGGAGAGAUAGUCAAGAGGUCACCCGAACGACAGAAGAGAGUGGAGCCCGUCCCGCAGAGAGCACAAGAUAGGCCCAAAUACAAUGACCGAACACGCUAUGUGAGGCGCCGUGAGAAUGCACCCCAGUGAAAAAGGGGGCAAAUCUGUUUAGUUUAGGGGAGAAUCUAUUCUUGUUGUAUUGAAAUAAAAAAUGAAGUAUCAUGAUGCAUGUGAAUUUGUACCUAUAAACUUUUACUCCAAUAUUCAUGAUUUAAGUUUUGGUAAAAAAAAUUUUGUGCAUCG